AAAUUUUUUUUUUAAAUAUGACAUCUUUCAUUUUUUAAAUUCAUUUUAGAUUUGGAAAGAAGUAGUUUGUCGUGACAUAAAAUAAUUGAUGCUGUAAAAAAUAAAUCAUUAAAUAUGAACUCAUUAAACACAUUAGUUACUUUGUUGCUAUUAAUUGCGCUAAUAAACCAUGUAACACCAGGAAAAUUAAAGGGUUUAACCAAAAAACUUUCUUCGUUUAAACUAAAGGGUUCAGUUGUACCAAAUGAGAAUGAUGAAGAUUUGGAUGGUGAAACAACGAAGUGUAUUAUCUGUGCCGAUAGAAAGCCAAACAAAAAAAUCGGCCCUUGUGAACAUAAAUUUUGCAAAGAAUGUAUCUAUAAAUUGAAGGAAACUGUGAAUUAUAAAUGUCCUUGUUGCAGAGAAACUUACACAAGUGAUAGACGGGAUGCGAGAUUUGAGGCAGAAGAUUCGCAAACCACUAAUUCUACUAAUUAUGAUGAUUCAACAAAUCUAGGACCUAAUGAUAAUAUUCAUGAAGAGCCUCCGUCGCCUGAUUAUCAUCCACAAAUUCCAUAUAGUUAUCCCAGUGAUGGUCAAAUUGGAACUUCGUACAAUAUUCCAUUUAACCCUCAUAUGCCAAUGCCAAUCCCAAUUCCUUUAGGUCCUAACGGUCAAUAUCCUAUGAUUGGUCCAGUCUUUCCCUUCCAUCCAAAUGGUUUACAUCCUGAUGAUCUAAACGGAUCUCCACAAGAUUAUCGUAUAAUAUAUUUAGAUAAUCGACGGCCACAAAAUCCAAUUUUAAAUAAUUUAGCUAAUAUGGGAAACGAUGUACUAAAUUACAUUGGCUCAUACUUUAACCCGACUGAAGAAAUGUUAAAUUUCCACAAUACUACUUCAGAAGAGAGAAAGGAAAAAUUAAUAAGUGAUCUAACGGGAAUGGGCUUGAGUCAAGAUGAAAUAAAUAUGAUAGUAGCUGAUACAGACAACUGUAUAUCAGACAACAUCCGCAAUAAUUCAAGUUAUGAAGUUUGUCCUAGCGAUUGUGGUGGUAAUCUAGCAACUUGUAGGAUAUCACUAAACUGCAAACACAAGUAUUGUGAAUUAUGUGCAGACCUAAUCAGAAAAAACAUUUCCGUUUGUCCUGAAUGUGGUGCUGCAGUAAUGGAUUUUGAUUACGAUGAACAUGCUUUUAAUUAAUACAAUAUCAAAAAUAUUUUUUUACAAAAAUAAUUAAUUUCACGCGUGUUGUUUUACCUAUUAUAAAAUAUUAUUAAAAUGCAUUAAAGUAUAAUUAUUCUUCUGAAAAUAGUGAUAAAAGCUCGGAACUACGAUAGAUUCUUUGUAAUAUCUUAACUAUAAUUUUUUAGAUUCUAUGCAAAGCUGAGAAGGUAUUAAUUUUACUAGGUUUUUUGUUAUUUUGUGUCUGUUGCCACUUUUCUCAGCUUUCACCGGACCGAUUUCUUUCAAUGAUACGUCAAAUAAAGAAUUAAAAUGGAAAAAAUUUCACUCAUUCCCUGUAAAUGGGAGAAAUAUCGAAAAAAAUGUAAAUUUUGAGAUUUUUUUCUGAAAACUGCCAUAACAUUAUCAAAAUUAACGAAAAAAAAUAAUUUCUUUUUACAUUAAAAUCUUAAAUAUUUCCAUUUUAUUUUAUAUAAAUAUAUAUUUAAUGUGACUUUUUACAUGCCCAUUGGAGGGGAUUGAAAAUAGAAAUUUUUGCACAAUAAUUUAACUUUUUCAAAAUUUGAACAUUUUCCGGAAAUAUUGCGUUGUUUAAACUAUGUCAAAUAAAAGCUUAUAUUAUGUACUAUAAAUAAAAAAAAAAUUAUUCUGACGAUUUGUCUUCGAUAUGCAAAUGAAUGUCAUAGUUAAAAAACAUGCUAAAACAUGUUCAAUUUUUAAAAUAUAUACACAAGGGUUUGAUGCGUCGAGUAUACUCGUGCAUACUUGAGGUACAAUGUUCUAACCCCGCAAAUCAAAUUAACCUUUGUCGCAAUUAUUUCUUAAUUCUUUUCUAAAAAAAUUAAAUUUUUUUUGAUUUUUAUCUCAUUUAGAUUAAAUAACAUCAAUGAAUUUCAAUGACCACAUCACUAUAAUCUCUCCUUGUGAGAAGAAAUUUGAUAUUUAUAUUAAAAUUAUUUUAAUACUGGUUUUUUUUUUGUGUUUGUUAUUAAUUUUCUCAGUUUUCAAAAGACCAAUUAUAAUUCAAAAGAGCAAGAUUUUAAUAUAAAUAAACUUAUAGUCACCAAAAAUUGGCAAAAUCUCCUGAAUUUACAAAUUUAGACAAAUAACUCAAAAUUACACUACUGUAAAAAUUGGCAACUUCAAAAUAACUUUUAAAUAUCUCCAUAAAUAAUAGAAUUAUAAAUAUCGUUUUUAUAUUGGAUUACAUAGUAAUAUCAUAUUACUAUAAUGAAACAUUUUUUUAAUCAUAAUUUUAAAUAUAUUCCACAAUUAAAAUAUUCAAAAGUUAAUGAUUUUUUAAAUAUUUAAUAAUUAUUUAUAUUGAUACACUGCACAUAAUACAUUGUGAUUGUUAUAUAUAUAUUUUUUAAUUAAAAUAUAUUUAUUGUUUAUUCAUACGUAACCUAAUAAUCAAUCAUAAAUAUUUGUUAUAUAAAUUAUUUAGUCCAUAUGCAAAACUCUAAUUGCAGACUUGAUAUUGGUAUAAAAUGGGUUUAGAAAAGUAUAUUUUAGCCUCAUAUGAGAAUCUUUGUUAACCAAUAAUUUUAUUUAU